AUGCCGGACAACCUCCCUGGGUACCAGUCUGACGGCGGUGUCUCGUACCGGGACAAUUGUCGAUCUCCUGGGGGAUCUCCUGUGCCGGAUAUCCCAUUGCGGCCCCCUACUCCUGCUGGCUCUGAUGAUGAAGACGACGAAGAUGCUAUCAACGUUGCUGACCUCUACGUCGACAUAGAGGAGCUCUUCGACCAGAUCCUCGAGGAUGAAGAGGCUGAACUUGGAGACACACUUCCCACCGCAUACACCUACGAGACUGGGCGACCUCGCACCUUACAAGAGCAUCCGCUAAUCCGCAACGCCUAUCUGCACGUCUACCUCGCCUCUGCCGUCCAUGGCGCCACAAAGGAACUGUGCAAACAUCUGCUUGACGGCUACCAUGUCCAGCUCGCCGCCCUUCCCCGAGUCACUGGUUUCACAGUCCCGGGCCUUGAGAACAUGGCACGCACCCUUCGCACCGUUGAACGACGUCUUGGUGUCGACCCCAACCAAUACAUUACAUACUACUUCGCCUGUAACGUCUGCUGGUCCCAUCAUCACCCUCGGGAGCUCUACAAUCUCGACAGCCACCUCUGCACAGAGCCCGACUGCCCCGGGACUCUUUUUGAGUAUAAGGACACCGUCGAACGCAAGAGGAAGCGCAUACCCGUGAAGGUCAUCCCCACCACCGGGCUCAUUGACUCUAUUGUGCGCAUGGCCGCUCGACCCGGCAAAAUCGACGACUGGAACAAGUGGCGCGGGGAAGAUGAUGCUGCCGGGCGCAUCCCUCCAGCCGACAGCGAUGACUGGGGCGGGUGGAACGAUCCGUCGUACCGCAUGUUCGAUAUGAUGGAUGGCUGGGGCUGGCGGUCGAUCCGCGCAGGAUUGGAGCGACGGCGCAGCGGCGAGUGGGGCGUCGAAGAUGUCGACGUCGAUGAAAUGGACCAGUGUUUCGUCGCACUCCCAAAUGGUCUCAUUUUGCAAAUAAAUAUAGACUGGUUCAGGGCGAUGAAGCGUGGAGGCUACUCUGUGGGUGCAGUCUACAUUACAGUUUGCAACAAUCCGUGCAGCGUCCGCUUCCGACGCGAGGAAACCCUGUUAUAUUGUGUUCUACCGGGUCCGCUAGAGCCGACAACUGAGCAGCUCAAUCGCCUCCUUGCACCACUACUCACUGAGCUACAAAAGCUCUACAACGGCAUAUUAAUCCGGAAUACCUGCGAGAACAGCGGCCCCGCAGAAGCCGUUCACGCGUUCCUCAACAACAUCUGUUCAGACCUGCCGGCUGCCCACAAGGCCAAUGGGCUACGCGGCCACACGUGCGAACACUUCAUGUGCGAUCGGUGCGAGGUGUCGUUCUCCUCACUCGUCACUCCCGCAUGCUUUGAUACAGACAGUUUCCGACACCGCAAUGAUUGGAGAUUUCUGAAGUAUGCGUACCUCUGGCGUGAUGCUGACCCCGAUGAUCAGGCAGAGAUCUUCGAAAAGCGGGGCGUACAAUGGUCCUUAUUCAACUGGCUCCCUGACUGGCUCCCGGGGAGGGAUUCACCGCCGGACUUCAUGCAUGGCGCCUAUUUAGGUGAAACGAAACACGUCAUUCAAAGCAUCCUGUUCAAGGGGGGUAUGUUCACGCAGCGAAGCCGGCGCGACAAGCCCCUGGAGAAGUUCGAGGCAUACCUGAAGACCAUUGUGUGGCCGCCGUCGGUCACACGACUACCUGACGGGCUCAUCUCGGGCGGGGCCGGCAAAGCAGACCAGUGGCGCGCAUUUGUGCACGUCCUGAUUCCCGGGCUGUAUGCAGCGUGGAAUGUCGACGGCGAUAUUCCAGAUAAGAACACCCCGCUCCCUCGCGCCUCGACCAAGGCUGCCAAGGGACGUGCACGCGUCGAAGAGCUUUUGAAUAAGCGCCGCCGAGCUAAUGUUGCGGCCGACCCAGAGACCACACUUGCAGACAUGGAGGAACUCGCGCAGCUGUGCAUGAACCGCAACUAUCUGCAACACUUCAAUGUAACAAUGGAGUGGGCCUGCGCAAUCCGGAUCUACGGCUCCCAGUCGAUCAGCGUUGCGGAGACUGAACGUGCCGCAAACUGCCAUGAACGGGCGUGCCAGACCUGGACUCGCAUGUUUUGCCACCUGGUGCCUUACUUCCAUAUCUUGAUGCAUCUGUGGUACUGGAUCUUGAUGCUGGGCCUGGUCUACGGCUGGUGGACCUACCCUUACAAGCGCAACAAUGGAUUCCUCGCGAAAUUGCGGCACAACGGCAAAGUAGGCGGGGAAAUCGAAGCGACGAUGAUGCGAGGAUGGACCAAAGCCAUCCUCCUCUUCGAACUGAUACAACAUCUGGAGGAUCUGGGCGAUCAGAAGACUCCCGAAGACAUAGCCAUGAUCACCAAGCUACGGGGAGUUCUGAAGGGCGACGCGAGCAAGUCUACCGCGCAGUGCGGUACAUUACUAACAUUGAUUGCCUCUAUGAGUGCUUCCAAUGACACCGCGCCCGCGGCAAGCAAGGCAUUCACACAGGCCGCAGCCACCGUCGACCUCUCCCCGCACCCGCAGAUUGUGGAUCUGCGCUCGCUGGGCGUGUACGCGCUGCUGUAUCAUUACCUGCGCGCACUUUGGGCUGACGUAGUCGAGCUCAAACCGGACACUGCACCAGCUGGCGUGCCGGGCGAAUGUUUUGUUGCAACGGCGGUACAAUCACACGCGACCAUCAAUGUCUGCGGGCUGCGUUACGGGGCCGGCUCGACUCCCCGAGGGGCGAAGUCGCGAUACGCCUACAGAAAUGGGCGGCAGCCCGUCGAAAUCUCCCAUAUAUUCCACAUCACGCACCUACGCGACGACCCCACCCUGCCACCUCUCCACGCAUCUUGCGCGAUCGUGCAAGACUUCGCGUCGGACGAUGGCAUCCCGGAGAUGCCCUGGGCAUUGCGUGCCGUGGAUCUAGGCAUCGGCACAUGGGUUGAGGGUAUACUCUGCCACAGGAUGGUCAUCGAUGUGCGGGAUUUCUCGGGCCACUUCGCCCUCGCGACCGUGACGCACCAGAACCAGGACCUCUGGAUCACUAUGUCUCUGUCGCAUGUAAGAACUGACUGGGACUUUCUGUGCCACCUUGCUAACAUCCGUGGGCACCCUCAGAACACGCAGGAGCCGGACAACGACGAUCAGGACGAUGUCUGA